GAGGGAGAAGGAGAGAGAGCGAGAGGGAGCAGAGAUUUCCCUAGUGCCGCUGACAGCCGCACCGACUGGGCUGGUCUGCUACAUCCACGGUGCCUGGACUGCAAACGCACACAGCCGGGCAGCUGCAUCCACGCCGGCUGCGCAGCCACUCCUGCGGCUCGCAGGCUGCACGCCACCCGGGAGGACAUCUGUAUCCGAAGCAUCUGGGCUGCGUCCACCACACCUGGAUCAUUCCCACGGCAACCGGGCUGCUCCUCGCUCAGGGAGCGGGCUCCUGCUUCGGGGACGUCCCAUGCCAGCGUACUCCUCUCCUGGCCCCUGGCACCAGCCGACUCUCUUCCUCCUCUUCGUCCUCAUCUUCCUGGACCCCUGUGUGCACAGACUCCCAGAAGCCCCUGCUCCCGCCUACCGUGGGAAUGGGCUGCCGACUCUCUGGGCUGUGGUUCGGAGACGGGAUGGGGGUGAAUGGGCGGGAUCUGCCUCAGGUCAGCCAAUGGGAGGCUCUCCGGAUCCUUGGUGCCUACGGGCAGCCGGUUGCCCUGCAGACAGAGGGGCAGAGGGACAUGUCAGACAUUAGCACACAGACAGAAAGGCCGCGAGAGGCCCUCAGAAGCAGAGGAAUCAACAGAGGCCCCACAUCCAAGCCGCAUACCUGUACUGACAGGUCCCACUGCAGUCACAUGACCCCAUCGGGUGAGCCCUACCUGCCCACUAUCUCCCAGGAGAUGGAAGCUGUGGACAGACUAGCUUACAGGCUCCAGGACCCCAAUGCAACUAACACCGCCUCCAAGCGCCACAGCUGUCUGAUUGGAUGCUGCACUGCCAAUCUGGAAGAGCCCACUCCAUUCCGAAGCCAGACAGAGGAGCCUCCUUUUGCCCCCCAGCUGCUGCUACAUGAGCUGGACAGCGGUCUGGGCUGCACUGAUGGCAGCUUCCAUCAGGGGGAGCUAUCUGGGGUGGAGACAGAAGAGGAGGAGGGAGCCGUGGAGGAGUGCACCAGCCGGGGCGGAUCCUCCUCCUCAGAGUCAUUCAUCUCCUCAGAGCUCAGCGAUUCAGGCUUCUACAGUGUGGGCCCUGGAGAAUUCCGCCGUUUCCAGAGGCUUCUGGAGAAGAAGAUUCGGUUGUACCGUUCCAGGAUGGCACCACAUGGAAAGCCAGGCUCUAGGGAGAGACGGGCAUCUCAGCGCAACCGCCGGGAGCUGGAAUCCAUCCCUGAAGCACUAACCUUCCAACCCGUGGAGGCCUACCCACCCCCAGGACUUUCCUACAGGUGCACAGCUGAAGGACCCUUAGCUCAGGGUCGAAGCUCUGAGAGCCCCAGGCACAGCCCCAGGAUGGACUCCUUGCAUUACCCAGUGGCGGCUCCCCCUGUCUGUAGGACUGCCUGCCAGCAGAGGGUGCUCCUUCACCCACACGCAUCCAGGGGGGUUCUGAGGAGAAGCUGUACACUGCAUCGCUGCCCCCCUCAAGUGAUGGACAGGAGGCGGGCAAGUCACCCCACGUCUGCUAGCUACUGUAGUGCCACCGUGCGCCCAAGUCUCCGGUUCAGCACUGACCUCUCUCAGGAGACAGAUCUGGACCACAGAGUUUCUCCACAGCGAGACGAGGUCCGGCGGGGGUACUUGCCCGGAGGGGGGUAUUGUGGCAUCACCGCCCCUCAGCCAAGUGGCACCGAGGCACCAGCCAGUACCUGGGCCAGAGCCAGGGAGGACCAGCGGCAGGACCACUGGUUUCACACUCUGGGCCAUUCGCAGGACAUCCAUGACACGUGGCCCAAGUCAGCGGGCCGCGGCAGCCUGAGACCCGGGCUGUACAGCACCCUGGACAGCCACGCCCCCGGCAUGCCAAGGGCCGCCCCCACAAACCCCAGAGCGCAAAGGAACCAGCUGCUGCGGGAGCGGGCGCUGCGCCUGGCAGAUGAGCGUGGUGGCGUCACCACUGACGAGGAGACGGAGUCCAAGGCGGGUCGCUACUGGAGUCGCACGGAGCGGCGACAACAGCUGCAGCUGGCCCGCGAGCAGCGGCUGCAAGCCCUGGCACGUGGGGGGGCAGGGCCCAAUGACGGGGGACCCCGGCCCACAACCGUUCUGGAGCUCAGCCAUCGCAAACUCAGCCGGCUGCGUAACCGCAAGCUGCUAGACGACUGGACCACAGUGGAGGAGCUGCUGACCCAUGGAACCAGGCUGAGCAGCCGGGACGGAGUGCGCUGCCCCGGCUCCCUGCUGUCCGUCACCACGGUCUAGCCCUCCUGGCACCGAGUCCAACCUUGUGUUGCUUAUGCGUCGACCGCAAAAAUAAAAGCACACUGGAUAUUUCGGCGCUGCGCGCUACACACUAAUGGCGGAGCAUGUUUACUUCUAGGUGCGUUACAAGGAACAGGAUGUGUGAGGGGCCUGAGGUUCAGAUUUAAUUUCCUCGAAACAUGAGUGCGUCUUGUUGUCAAGACCUCUGAGGCCAACAGUCUGUGAGAGGGUUGGCCAAGCUGGGUGUUUUGAGACAGUUUUUAUUCUCAUGUCAGUUUUAUUGCAGUUUAGGGAUUUUUUUGCAAUCUGUGCUCAGUGGCCAGUUUGUUAUUUACACCUAGCAAGUACUGGGUACUGCCCACUUUUGCAUCCAGAACCGCUUCAAGGGUAAACAAGAACAUUUAGAGACGCAAUUUAGCACACUGCAGCUCUACUGAGGUGUUAUUUUUGCUUGUAGCCUUCCUGUUAGCGUUGACGUGUCAUUCUCCUCUGACCACUCACAUUUACAAUGUGCUUUGGAGACAGACACACCAUUGACUGGAUAUUUUUUAUCAUACUAUUUCCUGUAAACUCCACACUAGCGUGGAAAAAUCCCAAGAAGGUGGCUGUUUCUGAGAUGCUUGAACCAACAAUCAUGCCACAAUGAAAAUCAUGUGUCUUAGCCAUUGUAAUGCUUAGCCACAUUGAAUCUCUUUACCCUGUCUGUGCUGUAUGUCUUCAACAACCACAUGACUGGCUGUUUAAGCAGAAUGUUAAUAUGGGAAGGUGCAUCUAACGAACUGGCCACUGAUAGUAUGCAGAAAUGUUUCCUGCAUUAUACUAUGUUUGUCGUUUUAAACAAGAGGAGACCAACCCUUUGUACCUAUAUCCUGUUGACGGUGGUUGUUCGUAUAUUUUUCUUCUUCUUUAUAUGUUCAUAAGUCACUUUCUUUAGCAAGAAGGCGUUCAGUAACUUUGUUUUUAUUACACUACA